AUUGUUACAUGGGAGGAUUCAUUCUCUAUACAACAACAACCAUGAUCAAGUGAAAUGUCAACAAUUGCUCUGAUAAAUUGCUGUUGGAUAUCAGUGUUUGUUGAGAGCUUCUAGUCAAAGGGAUUGUGAGGAAGCAAAGCAAGGAUAAAAAACAAUACAAGCAUUUCAGCUUGGGUAUGCAUUCAAGUUUCAUUUCUUUAAGAAAACAGGAAACUAAAAAGCUUAAAUGGUAGCUACCAAAUUGACAACCUUGAUGAAAAAAUGUUCAACUCUGAACCAUGCAAAACAAAUCCAUGCCCACAUCUUGAUCAAUGGUCUUCACCACUUGGAACCUCUUUUCAUCCAUCACAUUCUUCUCUGGGAUGUCAACAACUACAAAGCUCUGUCACACUAUGUCCACUCAAUUCUUCACCACCUGCACAAUCCAGAUUCCUUCUCAUGGGGUUGUGUGAUCCGGUUCUUCUCUCAAAAGGGUCAAUUCAUUGAAGCUGUUUCUCUCUAUGUUCAAAUGCAGAGGAUGGGGCUGUGUCCAACUUCACAUGCUAUAUCCUCUGCUCUCAAGUCAUGUGCUAGGAUUCAGGAUAAGUUAGGUGGUGUAUCAAUUCAUGGGCAAGUUCAUGUUUUGGGAUAUGAUACUUGUGUUUAUGUGCAAACAGCCCUUCUUGAUUUGUAUUCAAAGAUGGGUGAUGUGGGGACUGCACGGAAGGUGUUCGAUGAAAUGGCGGAGAAAAAUGUGGUUUCUUGGAAUUCUCUGUUAUCUGGGUAUCUAAAAGCAGGUGACUUAGAUGAGGCUCAACAUCUUUUUGAUAAGAUUCCUGGGAAGGAUGUUAUAUCUUGGAACUCUAUGAUCUCUGGAUAUUCUAAAGCAGGAAACAUGGAUCAGGCCAACUCUUUGUUUCAGAAAAUGCCGGAGAGAAACCUGGCCUCCUGGAAUACAAUGAUUGCUGGUUACAUUGACUCUGGAAGCAUAUUGUCAGCAAGAGAAGUUUUUGAUGCAAUGCCGAAGCGAAACAGUGUCUCUUUGAUAACAAUGAUUGCAGGGUAUUCAAAGAGUGGGGAUGUUGACUCUGCUCAUAAGCUCUUUGACCAGAUGGAUGAGAAAGAUUUGCUUUCAUAUAAUGCUAUGAUAGCUUGUUAUGCUCAAAAUAGCAAACCCAAGGAAGCUCUUGAACUAUUUAAUUACAUGCUUAAACCUGAAAUCAAUGUACAUCCAGAUAAGAUGACUUUGGCUAGUGUCAUAUCAGCAUGUUCACAAUUGGGGGAUCUUGAACAUUGGCGCUGGAUUGAGUCACACAUCAAUGACUUUGGAGUUGUUUUAGAUGAUCAUUUGGCUACUGCUUUAGUUGACUUGUAUGCGAAGUCUGGAAGCAUAGACAAGGCAUAUGAGCUUUUCCAUGGCCUUAGGAAGAGGGACUUGGUUGCAUAUUCUGCGAUGAUCUACGGAUUUGGAAUCAAUGGAAGGGCAUCUGAUGCAAUCAAGUUAUUUGAACAGAUGCUUGGAGAGAAUAUUGGCCCUAAUUUAGUCACCUACACUGGAAUUCUAACUGCCUACAAUCAUGCUGGAUUGGUUGAAGAAGGUUACUGGUGCUUUAACUCGAUGAAGGACAAUGGACUUGUGCCUUUAGUUGAUCACUAUGGAAUCAUGGUUGAUCUCUUAGGCAGGGCUGGAUGGCUGGAUGAAGCAUAUGAGCUCAUAAUCAAUAUGCCAACGCAACCAAAUGCUGAUGUUUGGGGAGCUCUGCUACUUGCCUGCAGAUUACACAACAAUGUGGAGCUUGGGGAAAUAGCUGUCCAGCAUUGCAUUAAGCUGGAGAGUGAUACAGUCGGUUAUUAUUCUCUUCUUUCUAGCAUUUAUGCUAAUUUAGGAAGAUGGGAUGAUGCCAAGAAGUUGAGAAUGGGUGUCAAGGGAAAAAAUGUCAUCAAGACACCAGGAUGUAGUUGGACACAACGUGUAUCACUCAACUAAUUUAAUGUAUGUUUGGAUUUUUGUUGAAUUCUACUUGAGUCAAUGUGGCAAAAUCUUGUUUCUCCGUGGAUGCAAACGGGAAACUAAACAGACACUUAAUUCCUCCAUGAUUGGGGAAAUGAGGCACAUGAUAGCUAUGACUUGGGCUUGUAUUGCUUCUGCUUUCAAUAUGCACAAGGCAUCUUUUCAGGGAUGGAGCAGUGGCCAUGAUAAGGUGAUUGGAGAUGGUGAGUUAGGUAGUCUGGCCAGUGAUUCAGGUCAUGAUUGUCCAAUGUGUUUGAAGGCUGUGCAGCUCUUGGUACCCUUUCUUCCGCAACCACUUCUUACCUUUUCACUCACUCUGAUGUAGAUCAAGCAUGCCUUCAUCCUCAACUUGUGAAUACACAUACAGGAAAUAUAAGUGAUUAUUAAA